UUCGUCGUCCCUUCCAGCCUUCAACACAAUCUCUCAAGGACAAACGCAUUCUAUCACGCUCUCCCAUGGUCCUUAGUCCGGAACUAAGAGAAUCUCUGCAAAAACAAGCCAAAGCAGCAGCCCAAGCAGAAAUGCUGGCACGACAAAAUGCAGCAGCAGAAAAUGCGGCCAAACAGAAUGCCUUCAAUGAGAUGUUGGCUCAACAAAAACGUCAAGCCGACAUGAUGGCUCAUCAGGCGGCCCUUCGAGAAUUGGCCGCCAAACAGGCAGCCAGACAACAUCAGCAACCACUGAUGACCGAAGCCAAACCAUUACCUCUGGGAGUGCCAGCAUUUAAACCCAUACCACAACAGAAACCCUCAAAUCUGCAACUGCAACAAAUGGCCGAACGACGAUCGGCAGUGGCGGUGGAUACUCCCAACUCUCGCAUGAGUGUCAAUAAUAAAUUAGUGGACCUAUACACUCAGCAACUGAAUGCCAAUCGUACCUUCCACUCUCACAGUCCCAUGGUGGUGUCAAAACCCAUAUCAGUUCCCGCUUUUCAGGCCAUGCCCAAUUCGGUGAAUAGAAUUGCUACCGUUUUCAAAACACCAGGUGAACGUACGGCAGCAUCCAACAAUCAUCCCAACUAUUUGCAAUUUGAGGAGCCUAAAUUUGAUAUGAAGGAUAUCACGGUGGAGGAAUUGGCCAAGGCGGCUAAUGUCAGUGUGGAUACCAUCAAGCAUGCCAUCUAUGUGCGAGAACAACAGUUAAGGGCAGAACAUAGGGCCAUGUUGGCCUCUAAAUUAAGAGAAGAAUUUAUAAGAACUUCAAGCAGUUCUACCACGACAACAACGACUAGUACUACCACAACAACGACAACCACUCCAAGGCCAUUUGUGAGCUAUGUGGAGGAGAACACUGUAUCACAACAACAAACUAACAAAAUGUCAAAGGUUAUGAAUGCUCCUAAGGAAUACUAUCCAGUGGGCUAUGACAAGAACUUUGAUGAUAACUUCAAGUCCAAGGUGGAUUUGCCUCCUACCACAUUUUCAUGUGCAAAGCAAAAACAUUUCCCAGGACUUUAUGCGGACACCGAUUUGGGUUGCAUGGUCUUCCAUGUUUGCGCCCUCACCGAUGACGGUAUGGUGCGCAAGUCCUUUUUGUGCCCGGAAAACACACUUUUCGAUCAAACCAUACUGAAAUGCAACUGGUGGUUCUAUGUGGAUUGUGCAUCAUCGAAAAGUGUUUACGAUUCCAAUAUACCCAUAUCAAAGAGUUAUCAGCUGAUGAAGUCACUAACAUACUUCUCCAAAUAUAAUAAAAAUAGUGCGGAUAGUGGUGAAUCUUCUUCCUCCUCAAAUGGAGGUCUGGAUAUACAAAAUCUAAAAGAUUCCAUGGAUGAGGAAUAUCGAAAGACGUCAACGCCCAGUGAUAUUGGCGAUGAGGUAACGCAUCCCAACAACCUGCAGGACGAGCAUCAUCAGCAAGAGUCAUAGGAGUAUCAUUUAGUGUAAACAAUUAACCACAUCACUCGUAGUUGAUAAUAGUUUUUAAGAAAUUCCAGUUUUUGUUUUUGGUCCCCGAGAAUCGAAAUUUUUCAAAUGGUGGGAGAACUCACCUUGAAAUAAUGUUUCCCCAUUUUAAGCUUUAGUCAUUUUUGUUCUUAACAUUGGUUUUGUUUCUAUUUCUCUCUGAAUUCGAAAUCCCCUACAACGACAAAUAAAAUAAUGAAUUGUAAAAAUGUUAGACCCUUUAAGUAAAAGAUUCCUAAUCGAGCUUAGUUACAUUUGUUUUAGCCAAUUCUGAACCUAUGUUACCUUAUGUGUUACAUAAUAAUGUUAUCCAUAGUAUUUUCUUAUUUGAAUGGAUAUUCUUUUGUAUUCUAGA